GAACGCUACUAUCUAAAAGGGUCGACUUGACAGGCCCCCAGACCACAGAUUGAGUGCUGCCAACAGGAUGCAUAGUCUGCUCAAGAUCUUAAUCUUUCAUGUUCUGACGUGUUUUGGAGGAAAUGCACUUGGGAGUGAAAUCAUAAAAGGUACAAAGACCACGGACAAGUCGAUGCUGUAUAUGGCCUCGAUACAAAACCACAGUGGUCAUGUAUGUGGAGGAUUCCUUGUCAGUGAAGACUUUGUAGUCACUGCUGCACAUUGUGAUAACCUGAAUCCUACAAGUGUUGUUCUCGGCACCCACAAUCUCAAGAAUGUUGAUAAUAAAACAAUGAGAUACAGUGUGAGGAAGUGCAAACACCCAUCUUUUGUGAAAACCUCAUCUGGGAAUGACAUCAUGCUCCUCAAACUGUCAAGAAAAGCUCGCCCAAGCAAAAAAGUACCACUUAAGCCAAUUAAACUUCCAAGUCAUAAACAACACCUUAAAGAAAAGAAACUGUGCCUUGUAGCUGGAUGGGGUUACACAAGAACUAAUGGUACAGUCGUUGAUGAGCUGCAAGUGGUGGAUGUGCCCAUCAUUGACCUGAAAAAGUGUCAGGGGAUGUGGCAUAAUGCCCUUCCUGCCAAUGUUAUCUGUGCAGGUGGAUAUGACACAAACAAAGGAUUCUGUCAGGGUGAUUCUGGUGGCCCUUUGUUGUGCAACGGAAAGACAGCAGUUGGUGUUGUUUCCUUUAACAGCAACUAUAACUGUAACUACCCAGAUGUGCCCAAUGUCUAUACGGACCUAUCUAAAUUUCUUCCCUGGAUGAAAAAGAUUCUCAAGAAAAAGAACUGUUAAAAUUGUUUUGAAUUGUGGAUGUCUAAAAUGUGUCUUUGUCAGCAAAAUGAAAAACGUGUCUGUUUCCUUCCAACAAAACAUUCACAAAAGUAGUGCUUAUAUCUUCUGACAGUGUAGUCUCCUAUUGCCCUCCCAUCACUGCUCUGGGUGCAGAGGCCUGCACAUAAAAGGCUGUACAGAGUGCAACGCAAAUCGAAACAGUGUUUAUGAUUUGCAUAAAGCCAAGAUGGAACUUCAAUUCUGGGUAUCAACAGCCUUUUCAAUGAUGCUCAUUUAGAGUGCUUU